UCCUUAGAAACGGAAUACUUAAGGUUGUGUCUAAGGAGACCAGGUUAAACUAUUUGACAAAGGUGUUAGUAUCUACGUUUAGGAUCUUAAUUAUGGGUGUUAAAAAAUAACUGAUUAGUUGUUAGUUCAUUGUUAUUAUAAAUGAGGCGCACACUGCCAAAAGUGUUUGUAUUGUUCCACUUGAUCGCAAUAUAUCUUUAUUUUGUUUUUCACAUUUUAUUUGCUUUUUGUGGAGAGUUGGUUGAUUUAUUGGGCGUUUGAUAUUGACGUAGACAGUGUAAGUCGAAUCACACGAGGAUGUCUGCAUCUGUUAAACCAAGCCCGUCACCUCCAGCUCUGCCGAAGCCAGCGGGACUGAGGGUUAAAAUCAAUACAGCGGCUCCGUUGAUCGGAGAAUCCGAAAGAGCCCGGAGAGAGAAGACGGCCUCUGGGGAUCGGUCCAGCCUGCAGCUCCCGUCCCUACGCUAUGAUUUCAUUCCCGAUGAGCUGCUCAACUCGCUCAUUUCUACGGUGAAUCCCUUGGAGACAUGCAGAUCCUCCAGAGUCACCAGGAAAGGCUUCAGGGUCCGUGGUUUGCACAAAACAGAUGCAGCCUGGUACCACGCAUUUGGGAGAAAGAAAUACAAGUAUUUUCUGGACCAACCGACUUCCGUGACCGGAGCUGGGAGAGAUAUCUCCUUCCUACGCGACGCCAUAUCUGCGCAGAAGAAAGUGAGUCUUCUGCCCCCGGUGGCAGACCUGGGAAGCGUCCAGAAGGAUGUAAACCUGAUGGGGAGUCUGAUACCAGAGGAGUAUCACAUUGUGAAGAACAAAGGCGUAGUUGGCCUGACAUACUAUGAGGACAAAUACACCAUCCUUCUGGAGGAUGAGGAGAACAGGCUGAAGAUCUUCCCAUCACUGAAGCCCAGCGGGAGAGUGGAAGCGGUACAGCUGAUGAGGGUGAUGGAUGCCAUGCUGGACAAGGCUGGGGUCAAUCAGGACUUUCCAGAGCUGAGGGAGUCCUCACAGAUGCAGAGUCUUCUGGAGUUAGUGCAGGUGGAGCAGAACAUCUAUAACAUUAUCUUCCAUGAGGUGAUCCGGCAGGUCAGCGUGGAAUGUGCGGAGAGAGGGCAGCUACUGUCCAAGCUCAGACAGAGGUACGCCGCCCUGCUGGACCGUAUCCCACGGCAACUGAAGGGGCUGCACACGCAGAGCCUGGCUCAGCGGGGCCUGGACCGGCGUCUGAUGGAGGAGAUCACUCGCUUCAAGAGCUCCGUCUCUCAGCUCAGCAAUGAGCUGAGCAACAUGAAGGCCCAAGAUGAAAACAUGUCAGGACAAGUGGCCAAGGCACAGGAAGAUCUGUCCAAGGCACUGGAACAGUCACAGAGGAACUCAGACCUGGUCGCAGAGUACCAUCAGCUGUAUGAGAUGCAGCGCCGGAGGCUGGAGGCCCAGGUGGCCCGGCUAACUGAGGAGAGGAACCUCUGGAGCAGAGUCAGUUACAGUGUGGUUCUUAAGGUGAUUGAGGCGAAGAGACUCCAGGUGGCUGACAGGCUGCACGUCAGCGAGCGGACCUGGGCUGAGCUGGCAGAGCACUUUGUCACACUGCUGACGUCCAGGGACGCGGAGGACAUGAACCGCAUCCUGCAGUUCACAGACCAGUGGAAAGACUGCGUGCGCGGUUUCGUGCGGGAGAUGGAGACAGCCGAACGCAGCCAGCGUGAGGAAAUGAGGGCCGUCGGGGCCGGCGUUGCAAAAUGGCACCAGUGGUCUCUGGCUAAUGUCAAGGGACUAGACAAGACGCUCAAUAAGGAGUCAGAGGAAAGUUUGUUUAAUGACCUAAAACACUGGGUGGCAGCGUUAAACCUGCAAAGUGACCUUUACGGAGGCAGCGACCUUCGCUUCCAGGAGACCCUGGACUUGCUGUCGCAGCUGCAUGAGGGAUGGCUGGAGGUGGGCUUGCGGCUUUUUAAGAGGCACCUUCAGCCCGACGGGCAGCCCCCUGUGGGGUGGCGAGCCAUGCAGAAUCUGAAUGCGACUAUCUCAGAGCUGCACGUGCAGCUGGGCACUCGUGCUGCUGGGGAGAGCGGUGUCCGCAGGCUGCUGUUAUCUCUAGCCAGCAUGAUGGAGCCCUGGGCUGCCAAGCUAACGGCAGCGAGUGAUUGGCCAGGAGGCAUGCCCCCUUGUGAUUGGUUGCAGCUGGAGAAGGCUCUGGCCAAUUGGACAAAGCUAACAGAAGGAGGCCUGGAGCAAGUGUCCAGGACCCAGCCAGGGAGCGAGAAGCCGAGUCCCCACAUCAGGAUCAAUGUUCAUGAGGUUCUCGCUGUGCUACGUGAGUUUGUCUUCACGCAAAGCAGCUUUUUUGACUGCGAAAACCAAAAGCUAAGUGAGGAGGUGAUCUCCAUCCACACCUCCCUGACCCGCUGGAUGGUAGCCCUGCUUCUCCUUAUGGUUCCCAAUUGCACCAGUGACCUCGAGGCACCCCAGUUACCAGGCCCCGAACGAGACAGUUAUCCUCUCACAGUACAGGAGUUGGAGGAGGAUGCCAGAUGCAUCGUGCAAAAGCUGGACAGAUUCUCCAAGUAUCUCAUCAACUUAUAUCAACCUGUCAUUGAAGAGGACAUCCAAAGGGGAAUGGGGGAUGAGUCAGCAAGUCAGCUUGUUGAGCUCAAAACAUUACAGCGGGAGUGUGGAGAGUGGAUAGACACGUGUCAGAUCCUGCUGUCAGAUCUGAGGGGACAUCCGGUGGACCUGCAGGUGACCACGACCGUCGCCAAGGCUGUGACAGAAUCCAUCGGCGAUGUCCUUCCCGCCGUAGAGUCCCACAAAGAAUUGUUGGUGGAUCAAGUGACGGGGUCAUCUGCAGCCUUGGAGCUGGGAGGAGCAGUGCUGGGAGAGCAGGAGGUUCCAGAUAGUCCAGAAGAAGCAGCCCAUCUGAGGCUGAUUGGUCAUGACGGCGACAUUGUUGAAAAGAGCCUGGGGGCAGAAACUGUACUGCUGGCGGGGACGGAGACCCAGGUCAUGCGCCCACAGACUCCCAGUGCACAGAGAGCCUUUGAUGCCUUGGACACCAUUGGGCUGCUCCAGCAGCAGUUACUAGGGGCAGAGCAGCGGGCCCUAAGUGCGGAAGAACGGGCCCUGAGCGCGGAGGAGUCGCUGCAGGCUGCACUGGUCAGGAUCCAUGAACUGGAGCAGCAGAUUCAGGGAGGAGGUGCCAUGGAGGAGAGAGAUGACAGUGUUUUGGCACCAGUAACUAAUGGAGAGUCUCCUGACCCCAAACCAGCAAGUGCAAAGACAAAAAGCAGGAGGCCAAAGCUGGCGCAGAAGCCCUGAUCUCCAUUGUCAGGCCACAGGACUCUCCGGAAGACACUAAUCCCAGUGUUAUGGAGCAGUAAACAUUCAUUGUACCAGAACAGCACACCAUUCAUCCAAAGUUUGUAAGUCUGUAGGUUGGUGUUCUGUAAUAUGACUUUUUCUUCUAAAUUAUUUGGUAUAUAUUUUCUUAACCCACAAUAUGAGCUCAGCAGAUGAGGAAUCUAUGAAUGAGAAGCAUAAACUGUCAACAAAUUCAUAUGUAAGUUUAUUUGAUUUUUUUUUUGUAUAGCAUUAUAGUCACAAUGGGGAAAGCAAAAAAAAAGUACACAGAGAGCCCAGCAUAAAGCAUUUUUACGGCUUCUGUCUUUAGAUGUGUUGAUGGUUGAUGAAGUGUGAUAAUAUUCCUCAGGAAUUUUACAGUGACUCAAAAUAUUUAUAAAACACCCAGAGAAACAAUAAAGCAUCGAUCCAUCCUUUUCCCAUAGCUGCA